GAGAGCCAGGUUUCUUUUCCCUUUCGGCGUUUCCCUCGCAAAGCCUCUGAAACCUACCUUCCUCACUCUCAUUAGGUCUACACAGAUCUCACUCCCACCAUGCAAUCCCAAGUUCUCGUUCUCAAGGACUCUGUGAAGAGGGAGACUGGGAGUAAAGUGCACCAUGCUAAUAUCCAGGCCUCAAAGGCUGUUGCUGACAUCAUCCGUACAACGUUGGGACCUCGAUCCAUGUUGAAGAUGCUGCUAGAUGCCAGUGGAGGUAUUGUAGUAACCAAUGAUGGGAAUGCCAUUCUGCGUGAAUUGGAUCUUGCGCACCCAGCAGCCAAGUCAAUGAUUGAAUUAAGCCGCACACAAGAUGAAGAAGUAGGUGAUGGAACAACAUCCGUCAUUAUUCUCGCUGGUGAGAUGCUACAUGUCGCUGAAACUUUUAUUGACCAGCAUUUUCAUCCUACUGUCAUUUGCCGAGCCUACAAUAAAGCUCUGGAAGAUGCUAUUGCUGUACUUGACAAAAUAGCCAUGACCAUUGACGUGACAGAUCGUGCAACAAUGUUGGGGCUGAUUAAAAGUUGUAUUGGUACAAAGUUCACCAGCCAAUUCGGGGAUUUAAUUGCUGAUUUAGCCCUUGAUGCAACUCGAAUAGUUGGAGUGGACCUUGGGCAGGGUUUGCGAGAAGUGGAUAUUAAAAAGUACAUCAAGGUUGAGAAGGUUCCUGGUGGCCAGUUGGAAGAUUCAGUGGUUCUGAAAGGAGUAAUGAUCAACAAAGAUGUCAUUGCUCCUGGAAAAAUGAGAAGAAAGAUUGUCAAUCCGCGGAUCAUGCUUCUUGAUUGUCCUCUGGAAUAUAAGAAAGGAGAGAACCAAACAAAUGCCGAGUUGCUUAAAGAAGAAGAUUGGGGGCUCCUACUAAAGUUAGAAGAAGAAUACAUUGAGGGCCUUUGUGUGCAGAUAUUGAAGUUCAAACCAGAUGUUGUGAUUACAGAAAAGGGGCUUAGUGACCUGGCAUGCCAUUAUCUGAGCAAGGCCGGUGUUACUGCAAUCAGGAGGUUGAGAAAAACAGAUAAUAACAGAAUUGCCAAGGCUUGUGGGGCAGUUAUUGUCAACAGACCAGAUGAAUUGCAGGACUCUGAUAUUGGUACUGGGGCUGGGUUAUUUGAGGUUAAAAAAAUUGGAGAUGAGUACUUUACAUUCAUUGUUGAUUGCAAAGAUCCCAAAGCAUGUACUGUACUGUUAAGAGGUCCUAGCAAGGAUAUGUUAAAUGAAGUGGAGAGAAAUUUGCAGGAUGCCAUGUCAGUAGCAAGAAAUAUCCUGAAGAAUCCAAAACUUGUUCCUGGUGGUGGUGCUUCGGAGUUGACUGUUUCUGCUACAUUGAAGCAAAAGAGCUCAUCCAUUGAAGGUAUAGAAAAGUGGCCAUAUGAAGCUGCUGCCUUAGCCUUUGAGGCCAUACCACGAACACUGGCUCAGAACUGUGGGGUUAAUGUCAUUAGAACGAUGACCGCACUGCAAGGAAAGCAUGCAAAUGGUGAAAAUGCAUGGAUUGGCAUUGAUGGUAACACUGGUGCCAUGACAGAUGUAAAAGAGAAAAAGAUCUGGGAUGCCUACAAUGUGAAGGCACAGACCUUUAAGACUGCCAUAGAAAGUGCCUGCCUACUUCUCAGAAUUGAUGACAUUGUGAGUGGGAUUAAGAAGAAGCAGCCUGCUGGAAGCAAAACUCCUUCAAAGCCUCAGGUUGAGACUGAAGGAGAUGCAGAUAACGAGCAAAUCAUUCCUGAGUGAGGAUUUCCAAUGUUCAAGUCUUAGUGCAUCUUGAGUCGCUUCUCCAUUCGACUCGAGUGAACAUUACGAGUUUAAGAGAGAUGUUAUGUAGGUUUUGUAAUGCCCUAUUACUCGGGUGCUUGUGUGUCUGUUUUUUCCUUCAUCUCUCUUUCUCUCGGCGAGGGUUUGGGAAAAGAAUAGAGGUUUUGAUGGAAAUGCUAGGAAGUUUGCCUUCUCAUCUAGCUAUGGAGUACUUUCUUUUUCUUUAGCUUAGAUGGAAUGAGGCAUUUAGAAGACUGAGUUACCCCAGUUGUGUAGACAUCGACUUCAGUUCACUUCAUUCUUAACUCACUUAUCCGAAGUAUUUUGUC